AUUUAUUGUGUCAUUAUCUGUGCAACUUUUCAUUCGUCGUCGCUGACGGUCGAAUAUUAGUUGUUAUUUUUAUUUUCUACUUUUUUUCUGUGUAGAAUUUAUGUAAAAAUAUCUGUGAAUUUGGUUUUACUAUGUCUGAAGAUAAUUUAACUGUGAGUGAUACCUCAGACAUCGAGGAAGGCGGGAAUGCUGAGCUUCGUGGAUAUCUGAGUAAAUGGACAAACUAUAUUCACGGUUGGCAGGACAGGUUUAUUGUAUUGAAGGAUUCAACUUUAUCAUAUUACAAAAGCGAAUUAGAGAGCAAUCUUGGAUGUCGCGGUGCCUUAUGUCUGAAAAAAGCCAAAGUUAAGCCCCACGAGUUUGACGACUGUCGUUUUGAUGUUUCCGUCAGUGAUUGUGUGUGGUACUUGCGAGCCUCGAAUCCCGAGGAGAAACAGCAGUGGAUUGAUGUUUUGGAGUCAUUUAAAGUGGAGUCUGGAUAUGGCACAAGUUCUGACAGCAGUUCCAACGGCGGCGGCUUGCGGCGUCACGGGUCCGUCACGUCCUUACAGUCGACGGGUUCCCAUGGACGCACAUCACGCCGGCUGGCCGAAAAGAUAGCCGAACUGGACACAUACGGCGAACUGCUUUCAAAACAGUCGACACAACUGCAGCAGUACUUUGACAUGUGCGUGUCCAAGCUACCGGAGAUCGGAGACGACGUCACCGAGGCUAUCGACGCCGUUGAGUUGGCUGAUGGUAACCCGCUAAGCCUGCACGCGGGUGAGGUGCGCGCGACGAGCACGUCAUUCAAAGCGACGGUGGCGGCGACGCUGGGCGCGCUGCAGCACUGCGCCGCGCUCAUGCGCCGCCGCGAGCGCCAGGCGCGUCAGGCCGAGGAGCUCUACAUGGCUUUGAAGAACCAGCUAACAGAAGCGAGGUUGGCGUCAAAACCAGGGCCAGAUCACGAGGAGGGACCGCACUCGACGUUGCCAGACGAUGAGUUCUACGAUGCCGUGGAGACAGGGUUUGACAAGAUGGAAGAGGAGAGGUGUGCCCGCGUGGUGUCUCCUACCGUGCACACGCGAGACCAGGUCGACCUACCGCCCCCUGCUAUUGAUAACCGGCUCACCGUGCACCCGCUGUGGACUGAGAUCGACAGGAUAUCAACAGAGCAGAUCCAAGCCGCAUUCGAGGACGUUGGAGGCGGCAAUGGUUGGCAGUUAUUCGCUGAAGAAGGCGACAUGAGGAUGUACAGGAGAGAGGUGGAAGUGGACGGGAUGGUGAUGGACCCCUUGAAGGCGAUGCACAAAGUGCGCGGAGUGUCGGCGCGCGAGAUGUGCCACUAUUUCUUCAACCCCCGCUACCGUUACGAGUGGGAAACGACACUAGAGAACAUGAAUAUAGUGGAGGAAAUAUCGUCAGACGCGAUGGUGUUCCACCAGACGUUCAAGCGCAUCUGGCCCGUCUCCCAGCGCGACGCGCUCUUCUGGUCGCACGUGCGCGCCUCCGACGACGACACGUAUGCGGUCAUCAACCAUUCCACCACCAACCCCCACUACCCGCCCAACGCGAGCGGCUGCAUCCGUCUGUUCGUGACGGUGUGCCUGGCGUGCCGGAGCACGUACCCCGCGGGCGAGCAGCCCACCCGGCAGAACAUCACCACCAGCAUCGCCUACUGCAGCACAGUGAACCCCGGCGGCUGGGCACCGGCGGGCGUGCUACGCGCCGUGUAUAAACGCGAGUACCCGAAGUUCCUGAAGCGCUUCACGGGCUACGUCGUCGAUCAGUGCAAGGGCAAGCCUCUCGCCAUCUAGCGGCAGCUCACACACCCUAUCCAGGGCACUGUCACUUGACUUACUGUGAGCCGAGUGGAAUGUACAUUAAUCAAUGCUGGAUGUCGUGUGACGCUGGCGUACCCGGAGAUUUCAAAUCAAAAGCUGUUAAAGACGCGUUCACAUGAAGUUUUCGGCUCCUUGUGAGUUAACAUCCGUGUGAUGAAGAGUUCGAACUGCGGCAUAUGAUAAUGAUAAGAUUGAUGUGAACGCGCUCUAAUGUUUAAGUUACUUGUCACUGAAAAACAUUGACAAAGACCUACGUCUGAAUAAUACAAAUGUCUUCGGCUUUAAAAUGAAAUGACCACGUAUUAUGCACAUACAUUAUACAGAUGUUUUUUUUUAUCGUCGAGCUCUUCCCACGAACUGUAAUCUUUUUCAAGGUAAUUUUGACUGUUAUGACUGGUGUAGGCUACGAACUGUUCGUAAAAUAUAUAAUGUUGGGAAAAAAUACAUAAGUCGUCAACACAAUUCCCAACGGUUUUACGUUAUAUAGUAUAUAAAGUAUAUGGUUCAUUGAAGGGAUCAACGGCCGUUGCACGCGGCAAGUGAGGUAAAUUCCUAUUUGUAUUAUAUGCACGGAUUAGAUAUAGUCAACAAAAACAAAAUAACUAUAGUAGACGUACACUGUUAAAGAUUAUAUGUACAGUCAAGGAAUUUAAAUUCCGACCCAUUUCGUACUUUGUCACAGUGACAACCGUAUGAGGUCUCUAGCGGCUUUCAUAUUGAUUGUCACUGUGACAAAGUACGAAAUGGGUCGGAAUUUAAAUUCCUUGACUGUACGUAGUUUUGCUAGCUGACUAGAUGGCGCAUGAUGUAGAGAAAAAUAAUAAUAGGGACCCGCGCGGCUUCGCGAGGGUUAAUAAAUUAACACUUAAACCUUCCUCAAGAAUCACUCUAUUGAUAGGUGAAAACCGCAUGAAAAUCCGUUCAGGAGUUUUUAAGUUUAUCGCGAACAAACACAAACAGACAGACGCGGCGGGGGUCUUUGUUUUAUAAGGUGUAAGUAGUGAGUAGUAGCUGGCAAACUUGCUAAGGGUAUGAGAUGCUUCAACGCUAUAAAGAGGUCGGCUGGUGGCGUCUUCAUCGUGCAGUCCUGACCGCUCAAAAUGGAGACAAAUUACAUGUGGUCGCGAUCAAGGAUCGCGAGCUAUGAGCGAACUAGCAAGAAUAUGGUGUUGCAAAGAGCUAUACUUUUUGUGACAUGAAAAUUGCCAAAUGAUAGCUCGAAGACAUUUUAGUUACCGCGACCGUACGAUAAGCCUGCUGCGCCAUUUAGUUUAGUAAUUCAGAUAUUAAAGCUACUACACGUUUUCUUCAACUGUUUACGUCCACUAUAGUUCAAAUUUGUAUGUAAUCGGGUUAGAUUAAUUAUUUAAUUGUUGUAAAUUGUGAAGGUGUUAUGUGUGUCGCACAUGGGUGUAGUCAGAUGAGAUUUUUCUCUGUUUUCGUCGGUUUAGUGUGAUGACAUGAUGAGUUUCAGAUCAGUUCAUUUACAUUCGAUCUAAAUCACUCUUAGCCUGUUAUUGGGCUGUCAAAUGGGCCCUGACACAAAAACAUUUUUUUUACUAAUUUUAACCAAUAUAUUUUAUAAAUAUUUUUUCUGCUCUAUCUAUACCGCACAACUGAGGUUUAAACCCACUAUAUUUGACGACCACGCACAUAUGAAAGGUUAAAUAAUCGCAAUAACUAAAAAAAAUAUUUUGGUUUGAAUUACUUGGAAUGUAAAUGAACGGGAGUGUACACUCGGUUUGUUGUACCUGAUUAUCGCACAACUUGUCCGACGAUCAGUCUAGAUAAUGAUCUCGUUUUAGGAUUGCGACGCGCAUUUUUAAGGCCAGGUUUUAUAAAGAUCCCUUAGUAAGUGAAGUCAAAAUUGUACUGAUUAUUUGAUAUCAUAAGCCUUAAAAGAUAAGGGAUCCUUAUAGAACCGAGGCUUAUACUACUUAUUUUAAUCUAUGGAUUUAUGUUGUAUGAAAUUUCAUGCAAAAACUGAAAUACCGAAUAGCCACUAGGGUUGUGUACCCAAGUAAGUUUCAGUGUUGUAUGGGGAUACGCUAUUGCUCGAAAAUCUUGUUAACGGAUCAUCAGUUAACUGCGUGGAUGAUACUAUGAUCGUCGUAUCGUAUUAAGAAAUUACAUUAUAUUGUUUCAUUAGUUUUCGUGAUGUGUUUGUAAUUUUAUUCCAAACUUCCAAGGAGAAAAUUAUAUUGCCGUCAUAUUUAAGAAUACAGCGAAAAUGUACAGCGUAAGCGAACUGUACCAGCAUUAUGAAGUUGAUUUAUAAACUGUCACGACUCUUCCACUCAUUAAUCAAAUCAGAAUACUAAAUGUAGUUACAAUUGAUGAAAUGAAUGAUGAUUCCAUGCUGGUUUUACUAUUAUAAUUGAGCACUGAGGCGAGGGCAAAGCGGUAAAACCAGAGACAAGAAAAUAAAACAAGGCUAGCAGGUCCAUCUUAAUUUCACUAUCGUAAUUUGUCCAAUUAAGACAAUUGGCAUUAAUGAAUGCCAACUUCAUGAAGUAUCCAUUGUAUAAAUAAUAGAUUUCUUAUACAUCUGGCUGGAAACCUAAUGGGAUAUAUCGUAAUAUCAUAAAUGUUGAAACUAUGAAUGUUUUUGUAUAAAAAAUAUAUUUUAAAAGCACCAUUAUAUGUAAAUAAAGAAUAAUACAUACCAAGGGAUUACCACCUCUCGAUAGCUUUCUCCUUCAUUCAGAUGUCGCUGGCGGUAACAUGGGAAACUGUAAUGGCUCCUC